UUCCUGCUUGUUUUCAGGCCACAGUGUCAGCAGUGGCCCAUGGUCCACGCCAUCUCCAGGUGCAGCCCCAUGGAAAUCGCUGGUGCGUGCUGGGUCAGGUUGGCCUGUCCGGCAGGGAAUAAACAGAAAGGAGCUGCAUGGAGACCUUUUGUCUGAAUUGGCUCCGGGUUGAAGCCGACGGAUAAUGGAAACACUCCCCUGGCAAUGUCUCUGGGGCGACUCCUCCGACGUGCCUCUUCGAAAGCCUCUGACCUCUUGACCCUAAACCCCGGCGGUGGCGGCGGUUCGUCCUCCAAGAACAAUGUAUGCGUCCACCCCGCUGAGGUGCCACCAGGUGUCGGGGAGCAUCACCCAGGCUAUAUGUGCUUGUACAUGGAGAAGGAUGAGCUGCUUGGCACCACGCUGAUCCUUGCCUGGGUGCCAAACUCACGCAUUCAGAGGCAGGAUGAAGAAGCGCUGCGCUACAUCACCCCGGAGAGCUCCCCGGUCCGUAAAGCGCCCCGCAAGCGUGGCCGCCAUGCCCCGGCGUUCAGCACCCUCCAGCAGGCCUCCCCAGCUGAUCAGAAACGGGCCGUGAUCCCGAGAGACGAGGAGAUCCUGGCCGUGGCUCAGCUGGUCAGAGAUGUGGCUCAUCUCGGCUCCCCUCCUGGAGAAGGGGAGAAGCUGUCUCCGUGUUGCCUGGCAACUGACGGGACCCACGAUGCCACGCAGCCUGCCCACAGUGACUCAGGAAUCGUGUCGACAAUCAGCUGGCAAGAGGAGCAGACCAAGUCGGAGGGGACGGAGGAAGGGCUGGACUGCAGGCCAGGCCAGGGGGAGGACGAGGGCUCCCUGGAGCUGUCUGCAGACGACGUGAGCAGGGACAGUACUUUUGACUCAGAUUCUGACGCCUUCUCCUCCCCGUUCUGCCUCUCUCCCAUCAGCGAAGCCCUGGGGGGAGGCAGCAGCUCUGUGUUCCUGGAUAACGAAAGCAGCUCCACGUCCAGCCUUGACACCAGUGCCCACUGCCAGGAGGGCAACGGGCCGGCGCAGAACACCCGAUGGGACGAGCAGCAGAAGGUAUUUGCCCUAGAGCAGAUCUGUGGGGUCUUCAGAGUGGACCUGGGACAAAUGAGGUCCCUUCGCCUCUUCUUUAGCGACGAGGCGUGCACCAGCGGGCAGCUGGUGGUUGCUAGCAGGGAGAGUCAAUACAAGAUCUUCCACUUUCACCAUGGUGGCCUGGACAAACUGUCCGAGGUGUUUCAGCAAUGGAAAUACUGCACGGAGACCCAUCUCAAGGACCAGCAGCUUCCCGAGGAGAAGACGUGCAUGCAGUUCUCAAUCCGCCGCCCCAAGCUGCCGUCCUCCGAGACGCACCCAGAGGAGAACACGUACAAGCGGCUGGACGUCUCUGCCUGGCUCAGUCACCUCAACGGAGCAGGGCAGGUGGAAGAGGAGUACAAGCUGCACAAGGCCAUUUUCUUUGGCGGGAUUGACGUGUCGAUCCGAGGCAGGGUCUGGCCCUUCAUGCUGCGGUACUACAGCUACGAGUCCACGUCGGAGGAGAGGGAGGCGUGGAGGGUGCAGAAGAGGAGUGAAUACUUGGAGAUCCAGCAGAAGAGGCUUUCGAUGACCCCAGAGGAGCACAAGGAGUUCUGGCGCAACGUGCAGUUCACGGUCGACAAAGACGUGGUGAGGACUGACCGCAGCAACCAGUUCUUCCGUGGCGAGGACAACCCCAACGUGGAAACCAUGAGGUGCGGGUUGGUCCGUGCCAGUGAAAUCCGCCAGGAAAGCGUUAACCAGUUCGGUCACAUGGAGCUUGUGUCUAAAAUUGUGUUUGGAGCAAAAAUCAAAGUACUUUCUUCUCCCUCUGCUCUUCCUUUCGGACUUAAACAGUGGCCUCCGGGCCCUGUCUCCACUCUCCCCAGAACCACGCCUGGCCUGGCCGCCCGCCUGGAGGGAAAGGCUGGGGCCCGGUUUGAGCACGGUGGCGAGGGAGCCCCUGUGCCCACGGGGCGAGGGGCCCAGGCCCACGAGGCAGCGGCUCUACUAAGGGCCGGCCUGUGUUUCCAGAUGUACCUCCGGGAGCUGCUGCGACUCAUGCACCUGCGCUUCUACCAGCACCUGGCCGCGCUGGGGGAGGACGGCUUGCAGAUGCUCUUCUGCCACCGGUGGAUCCUUCUCUGCUUCAAGCGCGAGUUUCCGGAGGCCGAGGCGCUGCGCAUGUGGGAAGCAUGCUGGGCGCAUUAUCAGACGGACUAUUUCCACCUCUUCAUCUGCGUGGCCAUCGUGGUGAUUUACGGCGACGAGGUGAUCGAGCAGCAGCUGGCCACGGACCAGAUGCUGCUGCAUUUCGGGAACCUGGCCAUGCACAUGAACGGAGAGCUUGUACUCAGGAAGGCUAGGAGUUUGCUUUAUCAGUUUCGCCUGCUACCCCGGAUCCCCUGUAGCCUGCAUGACCUGUGCAAGCUGUGUGGGACCGGCAUGUGGGACAGCGGCUACAUCCCCGCUGUGGAGUGUUCCGGCCACCACCCCGAAUCGGAGAGCUGCCCUUACGGGGGGGUGGUGGAAGUGCCUUCUGCGAAACCAGGAACCGAGGGCAAGAGGGGACCGAAACCACGGGAGGUCUUCGCUUUCCGCAAGUAGCAGCAGGAGAAACGGGCUCCUUUGCGCAGGGGUGGGGAGUGGACUGAAGAAGAAAACCGAACGGGAGUG